GCUUACGGGCUACGAGCUACUGGUAGCUUAUGAUCGACCUGUUGGAAAUCGCUGGUUUAAAUGAAGAGGAGACAGGUUAAAGAAUAAUUUUUAAGCCUUGAGACAACUGAGACAUGGAUUGUGUGCGUGUUCCAUUCUGAGGGUAAAUAGGUAAAACAAAGGAUUUAACUGUCUUUGAAUGGGUAUUGUAGUAGGUACCAGGCACACCAGUUUGAGUGUGUCAAGAACUGCAGAGCUGCUGGGUUUUUCACGCUCAACAGUUUUACAUGUGUAUUAAGAAUGGUCCACCACCGAAAGGACAUCCAGCCAACUUGACACAACCGUGGGAAGCAUUAGAGUCAAAAUGGGCCAACAUUCCUGUGGAACGCUUUCGACACCUUGUAGUCCACGCCCUGACGAAUUGAGGCUGUUCUGACGGCAAAAGGGGUGCAACUCAAUAUUAGGUGUUCCUAAUGUUUUGUACACUUAGUGUAGAUGUACGUUUGUCUUCUUCAAUGAGACACUGGUCAAGUAGGUCAUCUCUAAGUGUCCUGAAUGGCACCCUAUUCCUUACUUUUGCACUACUUUUGACCAGGGAGCACUUCUUUUGACCAGAGCCCGAUGGGCACUGGUCAAAAGUAGUGCACUAUAUAUAGGGAAUAGGGUGCCAUUUAGUAUACAACCUAGAUGUGUGUUUUUAGGAGUGUGCCUACUCUGGUCUGAUGGGGAAGAGACCAUUAUAAUGACUAUUGCAUAACUAUUAUGGUGAUGUGUUAUACACAGCACAUUAAGCCUGUCCAAUACCUCAGUAGAUUUCAUUAGCUCCAAGUCACUGUGACAAGAUAAGUGCCUUGCGUUAGGCCAGUAACUGAAAGGUCGCUUGUUCGAAUCUCCAGGCAAACUAGGUGACAAAUCGGUCAAUGUGCCCUUGAGCAAGGCACUUCACCCUAAUUGCUCCUGUAAGUCGCUCUGGUUAAGAGCGCCUGUCACAUGACUAAAAUGUGAGAGAGUUGCAGGGGGGCAGAGUGACGUGUGUGUAAGUAAGUGAGGUGGAUGGGGUCAAAAGGUGGGAGGUAAGAGACCACCUGAAUAAUGAGGAUAUUCAAAUGUAAUUACUCAACACAUCAUUUCAGUAGCUCUUGACCUGGAGGGUGAAUUAUGACAUUUGAAGUGACACUCACUCUGACUGUUUAAGGUCAAUAAAAAUGAUGCAGAAUAGAACAAUCGUAUGUAGGUCAACCAUGUAUUCCAGAUUGCCUUUUACCAUGCCAAGUCGUAGCCACAAGUGCAUAUGUUUUGUAUCAUGGAUUGCAGAGCAUCCAGACCCUUUUGUCUGAUUAAAUUGACUUCACUUGUCAGAACGUACCAGAAACUUUACGCGCGGUACUUUGACCCCAUCUUGUGGAUAUUCCGCGGUCCUGCACAAAUUUCGACUCGCCAGUUUUGCCAGAUUUCCAGAGAAGUUGAGUUACACGUCAGAAUGGAACCGGUACUGGUGAGUGGACGUGUACUGUGACCUCAACAUUUUGUGUGUAUCAGCUGAUCCCGGAUAUAUGCAGAUAUGGAACGUGUGGUGGAGAUGGCAAAUAACGGUGGUUUCUCCCUCGCCGGUCCUUCCACCACUCCCCGCAAGCGACAGGUGCGAUUCUCCGCCCGCCACGACAUCCUGCUGCUCCGUGAGGUCAUUGCUCAGAACCCGUUCUGUUCCAAGGAGUCGGGUCGUAUCUGGGCCCGUGUCGGGGAGAUCAUUACUGCUGCCCUGCAGGAUGAGAGCUUUGAGGUGGACGCCCGGCGUUGCAGGGAGAGGACCAUGCUGCUGCUGGACUACUACAAGAAGCAGGACUUCCCCAGCCUACGCAGGUUUGGGACAGAGAGGCUGUAUGCCCAGAAAGAAGACCUACUCCAUGAGGUGUUGGAGCUGGAGGCAGAGAAGGGUCUUCUGGCCAGCGGGGAGAGUAAGUACCAGGAUGAGGAACUCAGGAAACGAGCCCUGGAAGAGCUGGCUAGUCUACCAGAGCAGGACAAACCCAUCAUUAUCUCCACACAAACAGGACAACCCAAAGUCCCCAUGACCCCAGAGCCCGAAGAGGAGCAGGAGGACCUGGCGGAGCUCUCGCUAGUCUCGGCGGCGCCCAUGGCCAAGCAGCCUUGCCAAUGCUGCUGCCAGACCUACUCAGAGAUCCUCAGCUUCCUGGAGAAGCGCUCGGAGGCGGAACAACGACUGCGGGAGGAGGAGCUAUCGCUGAGGAGGGAGGAGCUAGAGAUCCAGAGGAGUAAGAUCACUCUGGAGAGAGAAAGGCUGGGGGUGGAGAGGAAGGAGAGGGAGAGGAGGUUCGAGCUGGAGAGCCAGGAAAGACAGGUCAUAUUGGACCUGCUAAAGGAGAAGGUGCUCAAAGGAUGAGAGGAUUGGUGGCGGGGGGCAGGUGAGGGGCUGAUGUAACCCUAGGUGUAUGGUGUGGACAUAACAUUAAGACAUUGGAAGGGUGGUACCUACCCCUGGAUCGCACCCUCUGUCCUUUGUUCUAUGCCAAUGGCCUUAGUGAAGGAAUCUGCUUUGACACCCAUAUCCAAGUGUGGAGAUCCAUGCCUAGCAUUGAGCUAAGCUGGAUGACCGUGUUCCACAAGGACACUGUGACUAAAAAUAGGUAGCACAUCCUCACACUGUACAUACCCAUACAUUAUCUUAUUAAACAAACCCUUUGGUGAUAGAAUAACAAGCUGUUGAUCAAAAGUAUUUUUUAUAGUGAAAAGACAAAUUGCCAACAAUUCUCCCAAUGUCAAUUCACUCUUCAGUCAAUUCUGUCUUUAUGGUCAUUAUUAUGAGGCUGUUCCUGCUGAAAAUUCCAAGAAAGUACUUACAUAACCUACUAAUGAUAUGGAUGGCUGCAUGCAAUUUAGAAACUGUAUUUGUCAAUUGAGGAAAGAGUGAAGAAAAGUUUAAAUACUGUAUGGAGGCUAAUUAGAUUUCUAGGAAAUAUGACAAAGUUGUGUAACAAUGUUUUACUUAUUUGUAUUAUAUUGAAUUACAUAUGACCUACCGUUCCCCUUGAAAUACCACUUUUUAAGCAUUUAAAACAGAAUAUGUUACCUACAUGUUUCUUCUUCAUAAUAACUUAUUACUUUAGCGACUCUUUACGUCUUUUGACGCCUGCUACGUAAGCUUACUCUUUGACCUCGCGCCUGAUUGAAGUGCUCUGAGUGGUUGAAAAUUCGCACAAAACCACCCUCCUCUGUUCCAAAGCAGCACUCGCAUUGGAUUAUUCUACUGCCAAUAGGUUAAUCCUGGGCUACCCAAUGAAAUCACUCGUUUUCUUCUCUUUGAUGCAACGUCAUUGCUACAAAGUUUACAUUAGCUACGCUAGAAGCAACAUUGUGUACACUUUUUGAAAUUAUACGAGUCUGCUAUAGUGUACUUCUAUUGCAACAUAUUUUUCGAAUUGAAGAAUUAGGUGGAGCGCGUUUUUCAUAGAGUAGCCUACAGAUAGAUCUAUGUGCGAAUGUGGAACAACUCAGUUUAUCCGUUUCUAGUUUGUUAGACCAGUCAUAUUGCGAUCGAUAAAUAGACUUGUUUACUUACGCCAGUUAUGUAGGUUAGCUACAUGUAGGCCGGUGUUUUUGCUUUGAGAUUUUGUAACAUUUGGCACUCAUUCGACGAAUUUCCGUGUUCUUAAAUCUGCUGUUUAUAGUCGAUAUUGUCAAUGUGAGUAGGCAAAAUACGUGGUCAUUGACUUUUAUUGAGCCUCAAGUCUCGUCUGUCAUUCUUACACUUCAACGUUUUCUUAUAGUCACUCAACAAUGAAUAUCUCAAAAAGUGGGUACCGUGUCUUUUCUGCCAACUCGACCACCGCAUGCACAGAGCUCGCCAAGAAGAU